AGCAGAAGUUAACAAAAUGGCCUCGCUUCCCUUCGUUCGAGUUGCUCUACUUGUGUCGUUUUCAGUUCUUUUGACAGUAGUGCUGGGGUUCGGACUCCCAGCUCUGCUGAAUGCCGUCGCUAAAUGCUGUGGUUUUCCUGAGACCAGCGUAACAGAGUGCAUAGUCGGGGUGUAUUUCAUUUUUGUACUGUACGUCGCGACACCACGGAUCCCCAGAGGAUCGAUAGAGGUAAAGGGAAAGUCAGUAUUCAUCACAGGCUGUGACAGUGGUUUUGGUCAUGCUACAGCUAAACACCUCCACAAACUGGGCUUCACUGUCUUUGCUGGAUGCCUGUUCAAGGAUAAGGGUGAGAGGGGGUCUAAGGAGCUAGAGGAGAUGCAGUCAGAUCGGAUGAAGGUGGUUCAGCUGGAUGUCUGCAGCGAGGAGCAGGUGAACAGAGCUGUGGAGUACGUCAACUCACACCUGGACGACUCACAGAGAGGUCUGUGGGCCGUGGUGAACAACGCAGGUGUGUCUACGUUUGGCGAGGUGGAGUUUACGACCAUGGAGACGUACCGCCAGGUGUCAGAGGUCAACCUGUGGGGGGUCAUCAGGGUCACCAAGGCCCUCCUGCCCCUCGUCCGUAGGGCCAAAGGUCGUGUGGUUAACCUGGCCAGUAUGUAUGGGCGGAUGGGCAAUGCCCUGCGUUCUCCGUACUGCGUGUCCAAAUAUGGCGUGGAAGCGUUCUCCGACUGUCUACGUUACGAGAUGAAGGCCUGGGGGGUCAAGGUCUCUGUCAUCGAGCCGGGGAACUUCAUUGUGGCCACGGGCAUCCUGACGCGGGACAUUGUGGCGACCACGGCUGACAAACUGUGGAGAGAGGCGCCCCCUGGUGUCCAGGAGGACUAUGGCCACGCCCACUUCGACAGACACAUGGCGAUGAUGAGGUCGUACUGUAGCAGCGGACAGAAGGAUGUCCAACCCGUCCUAGAUGACAUCACCGACGCCAUCACGUCACACCGCCCGUUCACGCGCUACAACCCCAUGGAGCCUCAUUGGUGGAUCAGGAUGCAGGUGAUGACACACCUGCCUGCCGUCAUCGCUGACCGCCUCUACUUCUGAUUGGGAGGAUUUCCAUACGUACAGUACAUCAUAUGGCAUUAGGGUUCCGUUUCACUUUAAAGUCUUAAAUUGGGGAAUUCCCAAUGGAAAAUUACAAGCUAUCGAUUCUCAAUUUGUGAAUUUAAUUUGAAUGAAUUACCUGAAUUGACUGAUUUUAAGAAUUUCUGUUGGAUCAUUGGUUCCAGAGACCGUUGCUGUAGCUAAGGAUUCCUUGACACUGGAAAUCACAAAGUGAUUGAGCCUUUAUUAACAAUAUGCACUGUUGUCUUAUCUUAAAUAUAUAUAGUAUUCACCCUC